UACAAAGACAUGGGCAACACUCAGGUGCAGCCUCCAGAGGCAGCCUUCUGCGACCUGAACCCAACCCGAGGUCUCCCGCUAAUCCAGCUCUACGUGAUGCCCACCUUCUUCCUAACGGUGUUGAUCCUGGGCCUGCCUCUCAACCUGCUCUCCCUCUGGGUCUUCUGCCGCCGGCUGGGGCGCUGGACCCGCAGCACGGUGUUCCUCUUCAACCUGACCCUGGCGGACACCUCAUGGCUGCUGGCCCUGCCUUACCUCAUCCACUACCACCUGGACAAGCUCUACUGGAAGCUGGGGCGGUCGUUCUGCAUGACUGUGAGGUUGUUCUACCACAACUACUUCUACCUCAGCAUCUUCUUCGUCACCUGCAUCAGUGUGGACAGAUACCUGGCCAUCGUGCACCCGCUGCGCUCCCUGGUGCUGCUGGGCCGGAGGCAGACUCACCUGCUGUGUGUGGUGAUGUGGGCUGCUGCUCUGCUGCUCAGCGUACCUGUUGCCACCAUGACUGAGAUCCAGACCUGCCCCGGGAGCAACCGCACCGUGUGCCCCAUAUACAUAUUUCUGAGCCACACUGAGGAGAGUCUCCCUUAUUCCCUCAUGUGUUCCAUCCUUGGCUUCCUCUUCCCGCUGCUCUCCAUCUGCUACUGCGGCCUGCGCAGCGUCAUGGAGCUGCACAGCCGCCCCGACCCGCAUCACAAGCAGCAGCGGCUCCGAGUGCGGCGCGUGUUGAGCGCCGCGCUGGUUUUCUUUGCCUUGUUUUACCUGCCCUACCACAUGAGCCGUAACGCCGCCGUAGUGAUGCGGGUCUUGUACCCCAACAGCCCCACCUCCUGGGGGCGCGCAGACCUGGUCUUCUCGCUGGAAAUGUGCCUCUGCAGCCUGAUAACCUGCAUCAACCCUCUGUUCAGCUGCUUCAUUGGCCGCAAGUUCAGGAAGGAGUUUCAUGGCACUUUUGCGGUCAUGUUUUGCCUAUCUAAGAGGACCCGGAUGACGGUGAGGAAAAGGCAAGGGAUGUCUACUGUCACACCUGUGUGCGCAUUGCCUGAAACUGAUUCCUGA